AUGAUGAAGCGCACGGCGGACUGCCUCUUCUCGUUCCUCGACAGCACGGGGCAAUUGGACCGGUACAACGACGACUUCCUCUCCAAUCCCCCCAAGAAGUCCAAGCCGACGUCCCUCGGGAAGAAGCGAGCCCAGGAGGAGAUGGACAACUUUCUAUGGGAACUGGAGUUGCUGCAAGUGGAAGCUCAGCGGACCAAGUUGCUCGUGUUUACGUGCGAGCGCGAGUUGGAAGCAUAUGCGACCUUGCACGACGAGAUCGACAAGUCCAUUUUGACCGUCACGAGCGACAUAGAUCGGCUCAAGGGUGUUGUCGCCAACGAAAAGAUCAUCCGCUCGUACAAGGAAGAGUACGAGACGGCGGCGCGUGUGGUGAAUGAAAAUGCGUCUGCGAAACAGAGCGCCGAGGUAGUGGAAGGCCUUGAGGACCAACUGCGGUCGUCCACGGAGGCGUUGCAGGCCAUCACGGACCGCAUCGAUCUCAAGUCGAAGGAAGUGGCGCUGUUGCUUCGUGCCAUUCGCGACCUUGAGAGUGAUCAUCGUGAUCCAAGCGACGAAGGGAACAACACACCAGACCAAGAUGGAAAGGACGACCCGGAGCAAGAUGCCGAGUACGAGAGCAAGCACACCGACGAGAAGCAAGCACAUGUCGCGGCUGAGGCCUCUCCGCUGCAAGAAGCCGACGACGACGCGGCCCCUGAAGCAUCUCCACCGCCUCCUUCAUCCUCCAAAUCCUCCUCCAAGUCCCAUCGCCAUCGACACCGUCAUGACAAACCGUCUUCUUCUUAA